ACCAGAGAUGUUCACCGAAUACCACGAGGGAUUCCGUAACCAAGUCCAAUCAUGGCCCGAAAACCCCGUCGACGUAUUCAUCCGCCAAUUGAAAGACAGGAGAAAGGCGAACAAACUCCCCAAGGACGGAAAGGGCGUGACGACGGUGAUUGAUCUCGGAUGCGGUGACGCCAAAAUCGGGCAAACAUUCACUGCGCCCGCUCCCGACGCCGGUAAAGAUCUCACGAUCAAAUCCUACGAUCUACGCUCCGUAAACCCAGUCGUCACCGCUGCCGAUAUCGCGAAUCUUCCUUUGGCGAAUGAGAGUGUGGAUAUUGCGAUCUUCUGUCUUGCGCUCAUGGGGACGGAUUUCAUCGCUUUCCUACGUGAAGCGCGGCGUGUACUCCGUGUCGGGGGCGAACUCUGGAUCGCUGAGAUUCGGUCCCGAUUCGCUGAUGCCGCCGUCGAUGAACCCUCCUCCUCCACUGAUAAGAAGGAUAAGGGAGGAAAGAACAAAGACAAAGCAGGUGCAGAAGCGAACGCUUUCGUGAAGAGGUUGAAAGGGAUGGGGUUCAAACAUUCCUUGACGGAUGGGAGUAACAAGAUGUUUGUGAGGAUGGAGUUCACGAAAGAGAAGGAGGUUAGCAAGAAGAAGGAGGAGGGAGGAAAUGUGCUUGAGGAGGCGAGGGAUGAGGAGGGGAGGUUGUUGUUGAAGCCUUGCGUUUAUAAAAAGAGAUAGAGUGCGAGGCCGCUCGAGAAGUAACGCGACUUCACUGGGGGCUGCAUUGUGCAAUUCCUGACCAGCAAAGCCCCGCCGAGUAGAGUGUCAAAGAGAAAUGCUGUGCUGUG